CUCCCCGUGUGGAAAGGCGGCGUCUCUCCUGUGAAAAUGAAGGGAUCGGGAUCUCCGAGCGGGCGGCGGGAGAUGCUUUUAAGCCUGUCGGAGUUGAGCAUGGAGGGAGGUAAAACAGCUACCUGAACGCGAUAAAAAAGAACGAAAAAACCAAACCAAAAACCAAAUCAAAAAACCCAAACCCUCAACAACAAGUAGUUCUCUCCUGGCGGAGAGGCAGAGCGGCUGGGAGCUGGCGGCCGCCUCUCCUGGGAAGAGGUGCAUCCCGUUUCUCCGCUCGGGCAGAGGCAGAAGCUCGUCCCCCGCGACCGGCCGCCCCCCCGCCCAGUGACCGGUCCCCCCCCGGCUCCAUCCCCGCCGCCGCUUCCCGCGCCUUCCCAGUCAUGUCCGACCCGGAGCGAUGGGGAAGCUCGAGGACAACGAGAGGGUGAUCCUCAACGUGGGGGGCACGCGGCACGAGACCUACCGCAGCACUCUGAAGACCCUACCGGGGACCCGCCUGGCCCUGCUCGCCUGCGAGUCCCUGAGCGAGUCCCCGGGCGGCGAGGAGCCGCCGCCGCCGCCGCCGCCCCCCAACCCCGCUCCGCCGGUGGGCGGCUGCCCGGAGCCCGGCAGCGGCUGCAGCACCAGGGACAGCGCCGCCGCCAGCGAGUUCUUCUUCGACCGGCACCCGGGGGUCUUCGCCUAUGUGCUCAACUACUACCGCACGGGCAAACUGCACUGCCCCGCCGACGUGUGCGGGCCGCUCUUCGAGGAGGAGCUGGCCUUCUGGGGCAUCGACGAGACCGACGUGGAGCCCUGCUGCUGGAUGACCUACCGCCAGCACCGCGACGCCGAGGAGGCCCUCGACAUCUUCGAGGCGCCCGACCUGCUGACGGGCGAGCCGCCCCUCGAUGGCGACGACGAUGACCUGGCCGCCAAGAGGCUGGGCAUCGAGGACGUGGGGGCGACGGCCGAUGGCAAGGGUGGGCGCUGGAGGCGGCUGCAGCCCCGCGUCUGGGCGCUCUUUGAGGACCCCUACUCCUCGCGGGCAGCCAGGUUCAUCGCCUUUGCCUCUUUAUUCUUCAUCCUAGUUUCAAUCACAACUUUCUGCCUGGAAACACAUGAAGCUUUCAAUACUAUUAUAAACAAAACUGAGCAGGUCAUCAAUGGGACAGAAACUGUACUACAGUAUGAAAUUGAGACAGAUCCUGCCCUGACAUACGUGGAAGGAGUCUGUGUGGUAUGGUUUACAUUUGAAUUUUUAGUACGUGUUGUUUUUUCCCCCAACAAACUUGAAUUCAUCAAAAAUCUCCUGAAUAUCAUUGACUUUGUGGCCAUCCUGCCAUUUUAUCUAGAAGUGGGCCUGAGUGGGCUGUCCUCCAAAGCUGCUAAGGACGUGCUUGGUUUCCUCAGGGUGGUGAGGUUCGUGAGGAUCCUGCGAAUCUUCAAGCUCACUCGGCACUUUGUGGGCCUCAGGGUGUUGGGCCACACUCUGCGAGCGAGCACCAACGAAUUUCUGCUGCUGAUAAUAUUCCUGGCACUUGGUGUUUUGAUAUUUGCCACCAUGAUCUACUACGCAGAGCGGGUGGGAGCCCAGCCUAAUGACCCAUCAGCAAGUGAGCACACGCAGUUCAAAAAUAUCCCUAUCGGCUUCUGGUGGGCUGUAGUCACCAUGACCACACUGGGAUAUGGGGAUAUGUAUCCACGGACUUGGUCAGGCAUGCUGGUGGGAGCCCUGUGUGCGCUGGCGGGGGUGCUCACCAUAGCCAUGCCCGUGCCUGUGAUAGUUAACAAUUUUGGGAUGUACUACUCCCUGGCCAUGGCAAAGCAGAAACUGCCAAGGAAGCGGAAGAAGCACAUCCCUCCUGCUCCUCAAGCCAGCUCUCCCACCUUCUGCAAGACAGACUUGAACAUGGCAUGCAAUAGCACACAGGGUGAUAUCUGCCUGGGCAAGGACAACCAGCUGAUGGAGCACAACAGAUCAUCAGUGUUAUCAGGUGAAGACAGUGCAGGAAGUGAGCAGCCACUCUCACCUGGUGAAAGGCUCCCUCCCAUCAGACGCUCUAGUACCAGAGACAAAAACAGAAGAGGGGGAACAUGUUUCCUACUGACAACAAGUGAUUACACGUGUGCUACUGAUGGAGGGAUCAGGAAAGGCUAUGAAAAAUCUCGAAGCUUAAACAACAUAGCUGGCUUGACAGGCAAUGCUCUGCGACUGUCUCCAGUAACAUCACCUUACAGCUCACCUUGUCCUCUAAGGCGCUCUCGAUCUCCCAUUCCUUCCAUCUUAUAAACCAGAUGGCAUCAAUCGGCUAUAUAGUAUUAAAUCAAAUACUGUGUGCCACAUAUUGGAAAUAAAUGUAGCAUUAAAUAUAGGCUCCACAAAUAUGGUGUAACUCCUGCAUGAUAUAACUGGCAGUAGUAAGAAAUGCCACUUAGGUAGCUGAAGAUUUUUAUCUUGGCUUUUAAAGAUUACCUAAGGUUGCACUUCUCCUUUUAUCUACUAUAUUGUUCUAUUUUCCUGUGGCAAUAAAAGGACAGUUAGUGGAUUCUGUUGGCCAGUAUAUUCAAUAAAUAAAUACUUUCAGGGAGAUUUACUUAAAAUAAUGUGCUUCCAAAAAAUUAUUAGUCACUCCAUUGAACCUCCAUUUUUUGUGACUCUAAUCCAUUCUGAAGAUGUCUGGAAUCGUGUCUUCGUUGCACACAAUGUGACUUGGGUCUGCUCAUUUGCAUGGACCAUCCUGUCUCCAUCACCUGACAAGCAGUGUUGCUGAUCGCGGAGACCAAAGGGGGCUCUGGAUGUGUGUUCUUGCAUUGUACCAUCCUGCUGAAAUGAAAGCACUGAUAAACUGGUCUGCAUGUGGGAUUGUUUUCCUUUGUUUAACCUUUUCCUUUAUUUUUUUUAAUGAUCUACUUGUUUAUAAAUGGCUUUAUUUUCUGAUUAACUUUCUUCGGUACUGGAUUGCUGUAUCAGAGUUCUGAAUGUCUCCGGUUGUUUGCACACAGAUAACUGCAAAGAGGUUGUCAUUACUGGUUACACGCAAGCAGAAGCCAGAUCUCUUUCUUAAUGGCUUGGGGAAGGCACAAAACAUGCAAGAAAGGUAAACGCCAUCCAGACUUGCAAUUUUAAGCUAGCAAGUGCUGCUUGGUACUGUAGUCGUUUUUCUACUCCAGGGUUCUUCAACAUUUUCAGAGGCUGAGUACCAAGUAAAAUUGAGAUUAUUGGGGGCUCGUUUGUACCACUGUAAGAGAGUAGUAGUUCUCAAGUCGGGUUUUUGACCAGCCUUAUACCUCUGGCUCAUGAGCUUAAAAAAUUUCUUCAGUCAAUGUUUUUUGAGGUGCUUUGUCCUAUAUGUUGUUUGUCUGUCUGUUUUGCAACACGUCUACUGUAUUCUCCAUCCGUCUCCAUAAAGCACAGAGAUACUGUUAAAAAGCCCCCCUCUUUUAAGGGUAACUAAGGACAGUUUUCUCCUUUUCUCUUUUUUUUCAUAUGGACUAUGCUUAUCUGUAUAGAUACAAAUAUAUAUAUUUUUUUCAAGUGCAAGUUACUAUUGUCUAGACUAACUCAUGUGAGCACUCCGAAGAUAUUUUGAGUGGAAUUUAGUAGUGACUUUACAGUACUGACCGGUUGCCUAUUGCAUCAAUCUUCCUUCUAGCAACCAGCAUUCAUUACAGUUUUGAAACUGUAUCUCUUCUAGUGGCUUUUGCAUUUAGUAUUAAUCUCUGUUUAUGCAACAGGACAAAUGCAAUGGCAGAUCUGAUGUUCUGGGCUGGUGAGGAAAAAUCACCCUAAACCGUAGUUUUAGAACUACAUGGGGAAGAACAUAACAACCCAAAUCUUAAGAUAUCCUUGAGAUUGUUGAAUAAUCCCUGAUUGCCAUGUUUUAUUUUUUAUUAGGAAAAGAAAUAUAACUUAUUGUUGAUCAUGUAACAUGUUCUUCUGUAUAUAGCCUAGCCCAACAGCAUGACCUGCAUGUCAGAAUUCUUGUACAAUAAUGUAUUUAUCAAAUUAUACAUUUUUGAUGUUUAGAGAUGUACAUUGAUUUAGUUUUGGUAAAAUAUUGUCAAUAGAGAAAUAAUUACAAACAGCUUUUAGCAAAGGAAUUAAUAUAAUAUCUGGUGCUGCUGUUAUAUUAACUACAGUGUUGUACAGAAUUUAUCAUGGAUUUUUGACUGCUGAAAAAGGGACAAUGGAAUUUAGCCAUACCAAGGACUGUACUGGAAAGAGACUGCUGCUGCUGAAUGGGCCCUGAUAAACAACUCACACCUUAAGGAAGUCACUGAGACUUUACACUCGAAGUAGAGCUUGUUAAAGAAGAUUAAAGACUGCUCGUAAUUACUGCUGCCAGAGGAAGGGGUGACUAGUCACUGUUGUUGAGUCAGCUGUAAAUAAACUGUGUGUGCAUGGAAUAUCAGUUUUUAUCUAUAUCAAGGAAAGCUGAAUUUAAAUCAUCAUUGCUAAGGCUCCAUGCAAAGACCCACACCCCUAUGUGUAUUAUUCCUGGUUACUGCAGUAAGUUGUGCUGUGGAUCAUGCAAAGACACACUUAAUAAUAAUAGUGAUGUAAACUACAUCUGUCUUGACUCUGUCAUAAUAAUGCUAUAUUUUGCAAAGGUCACAAAUAUGAGCAGGGUAGGUUUGCAUAAGUCCUUGCUUUCUCAGUUUGCCAUCACCUAUAUUUGUAUGAAUUCUAGAGUACAUGCCAGGUCUUAAGUUUACUUUUCACUUCUUUGAUAACAGAAAUGUGACUGCAGACAAACAUCACUGACUUUGUCCACAGCACACAGUCUUCUUUCAUUGUUACCUCAAACUAUAAGUAUUAUAAGAAAUAAAAUUCUGGCAGCAAGUCUAUUUGUUUUUUUUUUUUUAAUUCAGUGUUGCAAAGCCAACAUCAAUAAGUAUAAAAGUUGUAUUAAAAUUAUAUCCUACAAAUGUAUAUUUUACAUAAAAGAGAUAUUCUUCGAUCAGUUACUUUUUGUGAUUUUUUGUGGUAAAUGAAUCUAGUCUAUUCUAUGUUUAUGAGCCAUUGUAGUGCUACGAUGUGGUAAUUAUGUUCUCUCCAUCCUAUUCAAUGGGAAAUUCUCCAGAAACUGUUUUGUCACCCUGAUGUCCCAAUUGUAGGGACCUGUCCCAGUUGUGAAACUCUGUAUUGUGGAACUUCUGUGAACAUGUCAAGGUGCAUGCACAAUCCUGGUGGAAACCAGUGGAAAUGUAAUACCUGAAUUGGAGAAUAAAAUGUAAAAGACCUGGGGUGGAACUUGGAACGUAUCUUCUGAAGUGGCU